ACAACAGCUUAAGGAGUUGCAGAAUGAAGUGUAUGACAUCACUCUAAACAUUACGGCUGACAAUCUGAAGAAAGGAUCAAAGGUCUACGAAGCCUUUCAGAUUCUGGACAAAGUCGAGAGUGGAGGCAAUUUUGAUCCAUCUGGCGGAAAACACAGCGAAAUGGCAGAUGCAAUCUCUGUGGACCUUGGAGAUGACAACAUGAACACUCCGAACACUGGGAUUUCUUCUACGAAAACAAGACCUCGAGUCCAUAUUGAGCCUCUUCCGUUUGAUCCUAAAGGAGCAAGUCCUGCCAAAGCUAUCAAAAAGGAAAAUCCGGAAAAGUGAUUGGGCAAGGAACUAUACUUUUGCUGAUUAGGAUUGGAUGACUUUUGGCAUAUUGGAGCUUUGAUUUGGGAUAUCUCUGUUUUAUUUAUGUUUCGUGACUUUAAAACUUUGUCUGUAUUAAUGCUCUUAACUUUAACAACUGUCCUGUAACAACAUAACUCCGCAUCCAUCCAUCCAUCCAUUAUUAUUAAUGCAUGACUUCUGAUAAGAUUUGGACAUGUAAUUACUAUUUCUUCUAUCUGUAGCAGUUUAUGAUUUUGUUAAAUCAUUUGUUUUACUACAUUAAAUGCUUUCACAACAGCAUCAACUUUGUUAGGUACUAUAAAUUAGUUGUUACCCAUACUGUCUUCUAUACACUUUGUUUCAAAUUUCUUAACACCAUGGCAAACAAGUUUACAUCAAUAGCAAACAUUCAGACAGGAUUCCAUGCGACCAAUCUGAAGAUCAAAGUUCGUGUAAUACGGCUCUGGAGGGGUACAACAAAGAAAGGAGAGGAAUUUACGUCUUUCAACAUCCUGCUACUCGACUGCAAGGUCACUUUUGUCAUGUUUUCAUCUACUAUUAUUUCUGCUAUAGAACAAUUAACUUAUACAUUAUGGUCUGCAGAAUAGCACAAUUCAUGCUUUUAUACCAGCUGUGUGCGCUUAUGACCUGGAAAGACAAAUCAUGGUGGGAACUGUGAAUAUUAUUUCUGACUUCAUUGUGCAAGCUUACAAAGACACUGACGGUUUCCGUAGUGUUCGUGCUGCAAAUCAACUAAUCUUCACGAAGGAGACAAAGAUACAACAGGUGGAUGAGUAAGGAACAAAGAUUGCACACGAGUACUUUGAUCUCUAUGAUCACAGUGAAGUGAAACCGUUUGCUGCCCAAACAACUUAUCUCAUUGGUGCUAAAUUUUGUUACGCAUAUUAUAAUUUCUGAGCAUAUUUUAAUUUUAAGCUUGCUCAUCUGCUUCUUAUGUCACAGAUAUUGUAGGUGUUAUCACAGAUCAUGAGAUUUAUAUCAACAACAUUACCAACAGACACGGAGAGGCCCAAGAGCAAGCCAAGUUUGCUAUAACUGAUGGAAGUUCACUGUGGAAAGUGACCUUCUGGGAUAAGUUUGCAAGGCUGUUUGUGAAGGCCAUUUGGGAGAAAAUGGAAACACCAGUAAUAAUCAUUAUUGCUGGAUGCAGAGUUCAAAACUUCAACAAUGAAGUUAUUCUAACAAACGUUGCUGGAACAAAAUUCUACCUCAAUUACGACCAUCACAGUGUCAAACAUCUGAGAAGAAUGCUAAAGGAUCCAGAUUUUGCAAAAAAAGUCGCAGCAAACAACAUAUCAACAAAGGCAGAACUUCUUACAGUUCAACAGAUUCAGUCUUUGGAUAAAGAAUUUAUUCAGAGGAAUGUCCUGGCUCACGUGAACAUCAUGCAAGUUGAUGGAAACCAGCCUUGGUUUUUGUAUGUAUGCACUUCCUGCAACUCAGAAGUUGAACCAAAAGAUGACCUGUACUUUUGUCAAAUCUGCACAAGAAUAGUUCCUUAUCCAGAAAUAAGAUUCCGCUUAGUCGUGCUUGCUUCAGACAUUACUGGGACAAUUCAAAUCAUCCUGCAUGAUCGACAGAUAAGAACCCUGAUUGGAAAGAGAGCAAGACAACUCAUACAAGAGCAAGGACCAUCAAACCACUUCCCACACUGCUUCAGUCUUCUGGCUCAGAAACCAUACACGAUCAAAUUAGAAAUCAAUGAGAUCAACAUUAACAGCAAAUGCACAUUGUACUGGGCAACCAACAUUUGUCAUGGUUUCAAACUAGAGUGUACAGAAGACAAAGUGGAGCAGACAGUUACAACAAAUGACACAGAGGCUACAACAUCAACCGUUGAUCUGCAAGGUCUGUCGGGACUCAACUGCAACUCAUCAGCCAUUACCAAAGAUUAAGAUCAAGCUCUGCCAUCAAAUUUUCAGC